AUGGAUUAUGAAUAUAGUUCAGAUAUUGAAUGUUCAUAAGUUUUAAUAAAGAAUAAAUGUACUACAGAUGGAAAAUAAUGUGUAAAUAGAAAUUAAUGUUAAGAUGUUAUUGAUAAAGCUGGUUGCACUUAUUCAAUUAAUUUUUAAGAUUGCAUUUGGUUAUAAAAUGAGAAUCGUUGUGUUGAUAAGAAUUGUAAUUCAGCUUUAACUUCUUUUAUAAGUCAUUAAUAAUGUUAAAAUUAUUUAUAAUAAUGUACAAAUAGAAUAGGUGGAGGAUGUGUUAAUAUAACAACAUGUAAUUCAAUUUCAUUUGAAGAUGCUUGUUUUUAUGAUUAAUUUAAUUAAGAUUGUUUAUGGGAUAAUAUGAAUAAAAAAUGUAUUAAUUUAGAAUGUUCUACUUUCUGUGGAGAUGGUAUAGUAGGAGAUUUAGAAUAAUGUGAUGAUGGUAAUCUAUUACCUUAUGAUGGUUGUUAUAAAUGUAAAUUUUAAUGUUAUUAUGGAUGUAAUAAUUGUAUUGAACUUAGAUGUUAAGAAUGUGAUUAAGGAUUCUAAUUAAAUUUUGAUGGAUCAUGUACUGAAAUUUGUGGUGAUGGAUUUAUUGUUGGAUUAGAAGAAUGUGAUGAUAUGAAUAACAUUUAAAAUGAUGGAUGUUAUUUAUGUAAAUUUCAAUGUCAUUAAUAAUGUUUAGAUUGUAUAUUUGGUUUUUGUAAUUAAUGUGCAUUUGGAUGGGAAUAGUACAAUAACUAAUGUUAAUCAAUUUGUGGUAAUGGAUUAUUAGUAGAAUAAUUUGAAUAAUGUGAUGAUGGAAAUAAUUAAGAUGACGAUGGAUGUAAUUCAAAAUGUCAAAUCGAAAAAAACUGGAUAUGUUUCUAAUCAUAAAUCAAUUAAAUAACUGAAUGCAAAAAAGAUUUAAAACCUAAAAUCAUUUUAUAAAAUAUAUCUUAAAAAAAGGAUUCCACAUAAAUUAUUUAACUAUAAUUUAAUUAAUAACUUUAACUCAAAAAUAAUACAAGAUUUGAAGAUUUUAUAAAAAUUAAUGUUACUGGAAAUGUUGAAUUUCACCUAAUAAUUGAACCAAUCUUUGCAGCAUAACUCUAUCUUACUAAUAUAGUAUAUAAUAUUCAUAUAACUUUGUUAGAAAAAGUUGAUUCUCCUUAUGUCACCAUUUAAUUUACUUAAUCUAUUCUUAUUAAUGAAUAAAACUAAGAACUCAUUUAAUUAAUUGAUACUAUAAGUUUAGGUACUCCCUCUAUUAUAUCUCUACAAUAGUAAUCAAGAUUAAAUAAUACUAUUGCUUUUAAUUAAAUUAUGA